CUGCGCACUUCCUUCCGGCGGCGCCGUUGCGGCUUGCGGGGCUCGUCCGACCCGCUCCUUCCGGCCUCCCUUUCCUGCCUGCCCCGCACGAGGAUGGCGACCGACUCCUGGGCGCUGGCGGUGGACGAGCAGGAGGCGGCUGCCGAGUCGUUGGGCAACUUACAUCUCAAAGAGGAGAAACCCAAGCCAGACGCCAAUGGGGCUGUUGUCAAGACGGAUGAUAAUGCGGAGAAGACUGAAGAGGAGGAUAAAGAGGACCGAGCGGCCCAGUCGCUGUUGAACAAGCUGAUCCGCAGCAACCUGGUGGACAACACAAACCAAGUGGAGGUGCUGCAGAGGGACCCCACGUCUCCCCUCUACUCGGUCAAGUCUUUUGAAGAACUGCGGCUGAAGCCGCAGCUCCUGCAGGGCGUCUACGCGAUGGGCUUCAAUAGGCCCUCCAAGAUCCAGGAGAACGCCUUGCCGAUGAUGCUGGCAGAGCCCCCACAGAACCUCAUUGCCCAGUCUCAGUCUGGUACCGGGAAGACGGCGGCGUUUGUCUUGGCCAUGUUGAGCCGCGUGGAACCCGAGAACAAAUACCCGCAGUGCCUCUGCCUCUCCCCGACGUACGAGCUGGCGCUUCAGACGGGGAAGGUGAUUGAACAGAUGGGCAAGUUCUACCCAGAGCUGAAGCUGGCCUACGCGGUCCGCGGCAACAAACUGGAGCGUGGUCAGAAGAUCCCCGAGCAGAUCGUCAUUGGCACCCCAGGCACCGUCCUGGACUGGUGCUCCAAGCUGAAGUUCAUCGAUCCCAAGAAGAUCAAAGUCUUUGUCUUGGAUGAGGCUGAUGUCAUGAUUGCCACCCAAGGCCACCAGGACCAGAGCAUCCGCAUCCAAAGGAUGCUCCCCAAGGACUGCCAGAUGCUGCUCUUCUCGGCCACCUUUGAGGACUCAGUGUGGAACUUCGCCAAGAAAGUCGUCCCCGACCCCAACAUCAUCAAGCUGAAGCGCGAGGAGGAGACGCUGGACACCAUCAAGCAGUACUACGUCUUGUGCAACAGCCGGGAGGAGAAGUUCCAGGCCCUCUGCAACAUCUACGGCGCCAUCACCAUUGCCCAGGCCAUGAUCUUCUGCCAUACUCGCAAAACGGCAGGCUGGCUGGCAGGCGAGCUCUCAAAAGAAGGCCACCAAGUGGCGCUCUUGAGCGGCGAGAUGAUGGUGGAGCAGCGGGCCGCGGUGAUCGAGCGUUUCCGAGGGGGCAAGGAGAAGGUCUUGGUGACCACCAAUGUCUGCGCCCGAGGGAUCGAUGUGGAGCAGGUCUCUGUCGUCAUCAACUUUGACCUCCCGGUGGAUAAAGACGGCAAUCCGGACAACGAGACGUAUCUUCACCGCAUCGGCCGCACGGGGCGCUUUGGCAAGCGGGGCCUGGCCAUCAACAUGGUGGACAGCAAGCACAGCAUGAACAUCCUCAACAGGAUCCAGGAGCAUUUCAACAAGAAAAUUCACAAACUGGAUACAGACGAUUUGGACGAAAUAGAGAAAAUAGCUAACUGAAGUGCAGCGGCUGGAACGGAUGCGUGCCGCCUCCCGUGGUAGCUCUCCCACUCCAAUUGGAUCGCCAUCUUGAUUGGCACACUUCACAGCCAGUCGCACGCAACGGGACGUUUUUAGAGAUAACAAAUACACAGAAAUUACCUCAUCGGGGAGGGGCGGGGAAUGUGGCUGGACGGGAUUUCGAAGGUUUGAAAAGUGCAACUCUAGGGAAAGGAGCAAUGUUUACAGCAACUUUUAACGUUCUUUCUUUUUUUAGUUUAGCCUUAAUGGGAAAGUCUCUUAAACUCUAAAGAUGUAAUGAUGCCAAAAACAUAGUCAAUUAGGCCAUCGGCACUCCUGCUUUGAUCUCUUGUCAAGUGGCGAGUACCUUUUUUUAAAAAACACCCACAAGCCGUAGUAUAUUAAAUGUUCAGCCACCAAGUAUAUGCAGAUGACCUUUUUCUUUUUUUGAGAGAGCAAGCAGAUCGGAGCAGGGCGGAAAAUCAAGUCUUCACGAAAUGGGGUCUUCGCUUUGAGCUCUCAUUGCUAGACGACUUGGUAGAUUCUGCUUUUCCUUGGGUCGGCAGUCUGGAGAGGUUGCUCUCCACUGACCGGCACCGAUCUUCAAUGCCGUUCCCCCCUCAAGGAAUUUGGGGAAAAUUGUCAUCUCGCAAGGCGUCCCAAGAUCCUUUGCCAGUCUUCAUGGAGUUCUUGGCAGGGCAGUUAACCCUUGUAUUUUUUUUUUAAGAUCGCAGGGCAGAGAUCAAAUAGGCCGGUAAAAAAAAAGUAGGAUGUAUUUCAACUUUGCUGAACCAAAUAGGCGACCUGUUAGCAGUGCUAGUUCAACUGGGACAGCUUCAGGGUUUGGAGGAUGCCGGAGUGCUGUGCUGUAACACCCCGCUCUCUCCCCCGUGAGCUGCCCAUUUUCUCAGCAGAUCCUCUUUCCAAGCAGAUCUGCUUCCCCAAAACGGUGGAUGGGUCAUCACUGACUCCUUCACAAGAGCUGGGGCACCCUAUAGACUGCGUAAGGUCGGAAGUGGAGGAGGCCAGGCAGGCAGUUGGUGACAUUGAAGAGGAAGGCUUCUACUAUCACAGUUCGGAGAUCACCUCCUAGCAUGUUUUACCUUGAAGGGGAUUGGCUUUUUAGGCAGAAGCGGCCAGUUCUCCACAUGCUGUCCGAAUCGGGGCAGCUCCACGAAUCGGGGCAGCUCCACCAAGCGCCCGUAUUGAGUGGCCUUCAUUUUGACAGCACUUGCCUAAGAAGCAAGAGGGUCAUACAAGAACGCGGCCGGAUGGGUUCUGUCCAGCCGCCUGGACUUGAGACAAAGCCGUAGCUACGAACUCAGCAUCUGCUUUGAUUUGGGUGGGAGCAAAUCCUAGUUACAGUUAUGUUGACCAAAAAGAUCCUUUGGUGGGAAGUGCCACAUUUGCUUGUUUUUUUAGAAGCAUGCUUAGUCACCAAGGUUUCAGUUAGCGAAAUUAUUCAGAGAUGCGUGGAAGCUCAUCUGGUUCCACUCCGCUUGCAGCUUUUAGACGCAACCAAACCAUUCCCUUCCAAAUUAAUUUGGGUUUUCUGGUCCCAUUGGCACGAUGUUAGAUGCACAAGGGUUCGGGCUUUCACCUGCUUUCUCUGGGCAAAGGUUAGAAUAUUUUUCUUCACACGGAGAGAGAAUUGGAACGACCAUCAACCCCCUACUUGGUGUGGGAAUCCCUUUUAAACGAACACACAAAUUGUGCAUUCUGGGAGGGUUCCCCCCCUCCCUUUAUAAUUCUUGGCUGUUAACUGUUCUGUUCAAAGACAGAAACAUGGAUUCUUUUACCAAGUAAAAAAAGACAAAAACCACACACAGUUCGUUUUUAAAAUGUACCUAAAAUUUUAGGAAACCUGCGUGCAGCCUCCUAUCAAUUUAUGUAAAUGGCUUUCGUGGUGGUGGGGUAGGUUUGAAAAAGAAAAAAAACACCCCACAGAUUUUGUUUUUGUAUGCUGGGGUAGAUCUAUUUUUAUUCUGCUGGAAAUGGUAGGCGAGUGUGUUCGCGUGUGGCGUGUGGCGGGAGGCCCUUUCAAGCACCUCCUUGGGUACUGAGUGAUGACGUGAGAGCAGCCUGCCGGCACGGGAUGUUCUGGCCCGCUACCGCGUUCGGGUGCUCUUUCUGAUGGACUUCUCAGUUGGAAUAAAGAACACAAAACACG